UCUGUCUAGUUUGACGACUGCGUCAGUGAUACUCUGGACUAGAAAGGUACCCUGAACAGGUGUCGAAAGGGUAAUUUACCCUUAACUUAUGUUAUUGUGCCACCUCAGUCCUCUCGAACGAAUUGAAAUGGCUGCGAACAAAAACAGUGACACAAAAUCAUGUGACAAGAUGAGCAGAACGUCCUUGGCGAUAUCUGUGAUUUCGUUGGCUAUCGUGUCACUACUGUUUGUGAGAUUCGAAUUUGUGUACAAAAAUUCGAGAGCACUUAAAAACCGUAUUCAGCGGAUUGACGUUAACCUCAAAACAAACGUAGUGAAAAUUGUGGAAAAGAAGUUACGGUUUCAUGACAAUACACCCACACCAGAGAAGCCUGCUGUCACCUCUGGUUUUGAAAGCAAAGAAGGAAGUGUGGUUUCGGCAAAGUAUGAUCAUCAAAGAAAGAGAAGAGCUCCUGUUGCUGAGUCAGUAACUUUUAAGGAAGUCCGCUCGGUAAUCAAGCAUCAAUUUAGAAACUCCUGCAGCGCUAACGGCACGACUUGCCGGACAGGACUUCCAGGUCCUACUGGAAUAGCCGGCUCACCAGGUCCCUCGGGUUCCAACGGGUCUUCAGGUGCAACAGGUGUGCGAGGACCUGUCGGACUUCAGGGAGUAAAAGGUGACAAAGGCGAAAAAGGGUCCCCUGGACAACCCGGAAUCAAAGGAGACGUCGGAAACAUGGGCACUCCUGGAUUCCCUGGUUUAAAGGGGAUGAGAGGUCGAAGAGGAGAGCAAGGUAAAAGGGGACCUAAAGGAGAAUGCUACCCUCCCCCGAAUGUUACCAUCUCUCCACCAUCCCAGGCAGUCUCCGUCAACUCGAGAGCAGUAUUUAACUGCGAGGUUCGAGGACCAACGCCUUGGAGGAUGAAGUGGCAAAAGCUUGGUGGGCCUCUAUCUAGUGCUCCCAUACACAAGGGUAAGCUCAGAAUCAAGAAAGUGCGAGAGACACAUGCUGGGUUUUACAUGUGUACAGCUCGCUCAAAGCUUGGAGCGUUCAAAGUAAUGAGCAAGCUGGAAGUAAAAGUACCUCCAAAAAUUACCGACAAGCCACCAGAGCUGGUCAUUAGGGAUCGAGGAACCAAUGUACGCCUGUGCUGCAGGGCCACAGGGUACCCUCGUCCACUAGUUGAAUGGAAACGUAAUGAUGACUGGUCUGUCAUGAUGGCGAACUCCCAGGAAGAUGGAUGCCUCGAAGUUGAUAUGGAUAGAGAGAGCACACAAGGAACUCAUUACGUUUGUCUGGCUACGAACAAAUUUGGAUUGGCGCAAAUAGGAGCCUUGGUGUAUGCAAGAUCGUUCGUUGCAGGACAAUCAUACAUAAUCGGAAACAAUGAAGGGCACAUCGCAGCCCUAAACCAAUGGCUAUACCCUGUUAUAAGGAGUAGAACCUCUUCCUGGUUUAUGUGUUGGACAUUGACAAUAAAUGGUGGGAAAGCUUCUGCAUUGCACGAGAUGUGUGACAACAAAGGGCCGACUUUGGUUAUUGUCCGUGUUGAAGAUUACAUCUUUGGUGGAUACUCCAGUGUAUCAUGGAGUAAAGAUCGUUGUGAGUACAAGUACAGUUCUACUGCCUUUUUGUUUUCAUUGGUAAACAAGCCAGGCUGGGGACCAACAAAACUACCUCAAGAAGGAGAUAGUCCUGGAGAGUCCAUUUAUACUUGUGGUCGAUAUGGACCCGUGUUUGGUAGGGGAUUCGAUCUUAAAAUUGGAGACGACGCUGAUUACAAGACAAAUUCUGUUGCACAUAUCGGAUGGACUUACAAGCCACCUAAAGGUCAUAGCCAUAAAACCAACUUUGCCAACACAUUCAUGGCGGGAAAAGAAUACUUCUCACCAGACGAGGUUGAAGUGUUAUAUGAAAGAACUGACUAAAGCAAACGAGUUAAAGGAACGAUUAUAUUGAAGAGAGCCAUGAACAUGUUUUCUUCGCAAUUUUUUAAUGAUCAUUUGUUACCAAUUUUAAGACAAACCGCAACUUAUUCUUAACAUUUAUAAAAUUGUGGGGCUUUUGAAAUUAAUUAUAACUUAUGUAUGCAAAUAAUUUUUAAAAUUGAAGUAUUAGUACCGCUUGUGUUUUUUCUAUACUGUUAUUGAAUCCGACUGUUUUCAUGAGCAUUUAUAGAGCAGCCUGGUAUUGUAAAUACUGUCAGGCACUGCAAGCAUCGUUUCGUCAGUUUUCUAUUUUGUUCUGUUAAAUUUUUUCUCUAUUAGUUCCAUGAUGGUUAAUUGUGUGACUACUGUAAACAAAAUCAGAAACCAUUGCAAUUAAUGCAUAUUAAAAUGUGUUGAAGCAAAAAAAGUAUCUGUAUUCAAGAUUUCCUAGUUAUCGAAGAUCAAGUCAGAACUAUUCUGUUUUCAUUAUCGGUGAAAUAUAAAUUUCAAACGGAUGUUUAUGUAAUGGUACUGCCCUGUCCGGUAUCAUUCGGAUCUUAUCAUUUUUUUAGUCAGUAAAGCGUUUAUGCAAUUUGAUUAAACGAAGGUGUGAGUUACAGCUUUAAACCGCGGAAAACAAAACAAAAAACAGAUAUGUGUUUAUAAAUCUCUUUCUCUUUUUUAGGGUUUCAAUGGGUCACGUUGAUGGUUGACGGUUAAAAAUGAGCCCUUUUGACGGUUGACGGUAGAUGUUUUGGAAUAUCGUCUAUAAAAGACCUUAACACGCGAAUUUGCCUAUAAUUUUCAUGAUGACGCGUUUGUAAAGAACUGUUAAUUUAUAGCACCUUUUAUUAAUAAAUAACUACCGUUUUACGA